UUUAGUUCCUGAAUGAUAUGAUUUUUAAUGCCACCUCUGGUCCGGAGAUACCUAUCACAAACCUGAAUACAGCCAGGCAGAGCUGUCCAUUUCAGGUUCUUUGUCCAUAGUCGAGUGGCCAGCCGGCCAGUCACCAUGGCAUCGAGUGUGAUAAUCAACAACCAACAUUCUCAGGCUCCUCAGCCCCAGACACCAGCUUUCAUAGCUGUCCACUCUAACCAGUGGAACACUGGCAUUUGUGACUGCUUCGACGACUUGCAAGUCUGCUGUUUUGCCUUCUGGUGCUUCCCCUGUUUCGCCUGCACCACCACCUCAGAGUUCGGAGAGUGUUUCUGUCUCCCCAUGCUGGACGGCUUAUGGUCCUCCACCCAGCUGGUAGGGGUGCCAACCUGCAUUCCUCCUGUGUCCAUGUCCAUGAGGGUGGCUGUACGUACCCGCUAUGGCAUUCAGGGUGACAUGACGGCAGACUGUGUGCACUCCACCUUCUGCAACAUCUGCUCCUGGUGCCAGAUGGCCAGGGAGAUCAAGAGACGCAGACAGACCUUCACCGUCAUCAACGCCCAGCCCACCAUGCUGCCCGGUCAGCCCAUGUUGAUGGCCUCCCAGCCUGGGAUCAUCACAUCUCAGCCUAUGAUCACCUCUGCCCCUCAGGCCAUCUUGAGCACUAGAUUCAUGUAACCUUUGACCAAAGACACAGAAACCACACUGGGUUAGCCACGCCCUCUGGUGGUGAUUUCAUAGAGGUGAUGUAAUGGAGGUGAUGCACAAUGUAUAAGACUUGAGGCAUUGGAAUUCAUGUAAAAUCUUGCACAAUUCCAGCAUUUACUGUACAUAAGGAUAGCUGUGAAAUGUAAGUAAUCUACUCUUUUAAAUAUGUCACCCAAUGCAGAUUGUUAUAUAAUAAUGAACAUUUGGUGGGUGCCUAUAUUUGUCCUAUUUCAUAUGUGCAAGUGUGUAUUGUAUGCAUGUGUGAAUUGGAAAUGUAUUUUUUGCAUAUCCCAACUCCCCCUGAGACACCCUCUGAGAGCGGGGUCAAGGCCAGGGUCUGGAUGAAUGCUCAUCGGCGACCCUGGAGCAUUUAGGAUUAAGUGCCUUGCUCAAGGGCACAUCGAUUCACACAAUGUGACGUAAGUAAGCCUUCUGUUACCUUGAGAACCAGACAGUUAUUAAUGUCUGUGGAUAAGGCCAGUAUCAGAGGGAGAGAGAGGGAGGGAGGGAGAGAGAGAG